GAGAGGAGCUGACAGCGCGGAGCUGGCGCUGCGGAGCGCACGGAGCCCUGUCGGUUUCUCCCGCCGACGUCUGCGAGGACAGCAGCGUCUGACCCGCCCGGGUUCGGAGAUUUAUACAGGCGUGGAGCAAUGCUUAUGGCUCUGCGGCUUCUCAAAGGCCCCUAGAAGCCUGUUCCUCAGCACAGUCCAGGACCUCCAGCCCCAUGGAGCCCCCGAUCCCACAGAGCGUCCCCUUGACUCCCAGCUCAGUCAUGGUCCAGCCCCUACUUGACAGCCGUAUGCCCCACGGCCGCCUCCAACACCCACUCACCAUCCUCCCCAUCGACCAGAUGAAGACCAGCCACGUGGAAAACGACUACAUAGACAACCCCGGCCUGGUGCCCCCAAUGGGCCCCAAGCGGACCCGCGGUGGGGCCCCAGAGCUGGCCCCAACGCCCGCCCGCUGUGACCAGGAUGUCACCCACCACUGGAUCUCCUUCAGCGGGCGCCCCAGCUCCGUGAGCAGCAGCAGCAGCACGUCCUCUGACCAGCGUCUCUUAGACCACAUGGCACCACCGCCCGUGGCUGACCAGGCCUCCCCAAGGGCUGUGCGCAUCCAGCCCAAGGCCGUCCACUGCAAGCCACUGGACCUCAAGGGCCCCGCAGUCCCACCAGAGCUGGACAAGCACUUCUUGCUGUGCGAGGCCUGUGGGAAGUGUAAGUGCAAGGAGUGUGCCUCGCCCCGGACACUGCCCUCCUGCUGGGUCUGCAACCAGGAGUGCCUGUGCUCCGCCCAGACCCUGGUCAACUAUGGCACCUGCAUGUGCCUGGUGCAAGGCGUCUUCUACCACUGCACCAACGAGGACGACGAGGGCUCCUGCGCCGACCACCCCUGCUCCUGCUCCCACUCAAACUGCUGCGCCCGCUGGUCCUUCAUGGGCGCCCUGUCCCUGGUGCUGCCAUGCCUGCUCUGCUACCUGCCUGCCACCGGCUGUGUGAAGCUGGCCCAGCGCGGCUACGACCGCCUGUGCCGCCCGGGAUGCCGCUGCAAGCACACGAACAGCGUCAUCUGCAAGGCGGCUGCUGGGGAUGCCAAGGCCAGCAGACCCGACAAGUCCUUCUGACGCUGUGGGUCAAAGCCCCCGUGCUGCUACCCCUGGAACUUGGUUCCCUUCUGACACCUGAGACGACCACAGCAAGGCCAGAGGUUUUAGCGUCCUGAGGCUGACCUUGUUGGUCUGCCCACUCCCCAUCCUCCGCUUCUGAAGAAAUGGAGACCACCAUCGCCCACCCUCUCUUCCCCAGAAGGAAGGAGGAGUACUUUGGGUUUUUUUUU